UGAAAAGAAUUUCAAAUCAUUUGAAAAAUUAACAGACUAUUGUGGUAUCUUAACGCUGUUCCCGGUUAUACACAACUUUGCCAUGAGGCACUUGUGACAUCAGUGACAUGGUCGAGUGGUCAGUUGGAUACGAUACUGAUCUAGUAAGUGGUUUACUGUGACCGGAAGAGGAUUGAUGAGCAUGGGAUUUAUCGGAAGAAGUUUCUUAUAAUCCUGUGACGUUCCGUGUUUAUUUUUCAAACAAAGUGUACAGCUGUAUAUUGGAAUAUAAAUAGUAUGUAAAUACUGCAUUGUGUGACUCCAUUGUCUGACUGCCACUUCCGGAACCAGAAGAAACAAUACUAAAUGUCAGUGAGUACCAUCAGUCAUGAAGCAGGUUGUCCUUUGGUUCGUUUGUCUGAUGGUCACCGCUAUCAUCGCCAAGGAAAGCUCGAAUCACAUGGUGAUGAAACCAGCGAGGAGAAUUUUAACUUCUAACAGAAGAAAGUUAACAGAGAAAUUGUCAAAAUCGGAACAUAAUCCAUAUGUUGAUGUCAGCUGGGAUAAAGACCUUUUUAAAUUACACUUCCAAGGAACACAAGGAGCUAGGUUUAGAAUAGGAAGAUCUCCAAAGGCAACAUUCGGAGAACCUUGGCCAUUACCACAGAAGUACACUGUAAAACGAGACAUUGUCUAUAAUAUUGAUAAUGUAAAUUUUAAGAUUAUAAAAACUCAGAAUACAUGUGAUAUAUUAGAAAAGGCUAUACAAAGAUACGAGGAUAUUAUAUUCACAUUUGCUAUGGAGGAAAUCCACGAAAAUUUCGAAAACCUGCUACCGAAGACAGGGUCACACAGAACAUCUGAAAUGUACCUAAAUGCAAAGGGAAUCCGAACGCUAAAAAUUGCUGUCAAGAAUCCAUGCAACAAAUACCCCAAUGAAAACUCAAAGGAAGGGUACGUUCUAGAUGUCAAUGAGUCUGGGAUCAAUCUUAGUGCCACGGAGGUUUGGGGUGCCGUUCGAGGCCUCGAGACAGUCAGCCAACUGGUGUAUAAAUAUGGUGAAAAGUUUUACAUAAGGCAGCUAUCUAUCGAGGACUUCCCCAGGUUCCGGUACAGAGGUUUGAUGGUAGACACAGCGAGGCAUUUCUGGACGAAAGAAUUACUACAAUCCAUGUUGGAUGCCAUGGCAAUGAACAAAAUGAACGCGUUACACUGGCACAUAGUGGAUGACCAAUCAUUUCCGUACCAGAGCGAGGCGUUUCCUGAACUGUCUGAAAAAGGUGCCUAUCAUCCGUCUAUGGUCUACACACCGACAAUUAUUGCCGAUAUUGUAGAGUAUGCUAGGAUACGUGGGAUUAGGGUGAUCCCAGAAUUCGACAUACCAGGUCACACAUUUUCAUGGGGGCUUGGAAAACCCGAACUGAUGGCCCAGUGUUACUCUGACACAGGGCCCAUACCUGGCCACUAUAUCAACCUCGAUCCCAGCCAAAACAAGACGUACGUUUUCCUAGAAACAUUAUUUAAGGAAAUCACUGGAUUAUUUCAAGAUCCUGUCAUACACACAGGCGGUGACGAGGUUCCCAUGGACUGCUGGCGAUCCAACCCCGGAAUUCAACAGCUUGUUCGAAAGUUAGAUAACAGCUGGAAGACACAGGAGCUAGGAAAACCUUUGACGGCUAAGGCCUGGAACUACUUCGUCAACCGAGUAGCCAGAAUGGUUAAGAAAAUAGGAGAGGAAAGAGGCACCAACAAGCGAGUGAUGAUGUGGAAUGAAGUAUUCAGAAACGGUUUAAAGAUUCCGAGUGACUCAAUAAUACAGGUGUGGUUUGGGAAUUCAAAAGAAGUGGAGAAGGUGAUUGAGAGCGGAUACAACGUCAUCUACUCGGAGUGCUGGUAUCUGGACAAAGUUCAAGAAACACUUAACUGGCCCGAUCACUACCUCUGUGACCCCAAUACUCGCAAACCAGGAUUUGAAAAGAGAGAGGCCAUGAUACUUGGAGGUGAGGCAUGUCUGUGGACCGAGAACAUCGCCAGUGAAUCUGCAAUGUUUUACGCCUGGCCACGAGCGUCUGUCGUUGCUGAGCGGCUUUGGAGCCAUAGGGAUGUCAGGGACAUAAACGAAGCGGCAACACGUCUUCAGGAACAAAGGUGCCGGAUGAAAAGGCGUGGUUUACAAGUGGGUAUGAUCAACGGUCCAGACUACUGUCCUCCUUAUACAGAGACAAUGAAACCCAAGGUCAAGGUCGUCGACAAGGUUAUAAAUAAAUCUGACGAAAAUACACAGAUAAAGAUGUUAAUGGACCAAAUAAAAGAGGUUAUACCAAUAUCGGUCAUGGAAAACAGAAAACGCAAAGUUCGUCUCAAGUCCCAACAGGAGACAGUGUUCACUGUAAUGUUGUUCCUGCCUUUCUUGAUGUUUACGCUAUUGUACUGCUUUUUAAAGAUACGACGAUCAAAGAUCCUGGGCAGGAUCAAGCAUUUUAUAAAACGUUGAAAUCUAGGUUGACAUUUUUGUAUCAUGUUAUUUUAUGUGUUAUUAAAUUAUCACUUUACAUUUA